CCUUGCCCACAAAAUAAAAAUUCAUAAAAGACAACUCUUUGCAAAUGUAGGACUAAGCGAAAAAAAGACAAACCCUGUGGAGGAAACCAUUGACAAUAUGCCUUUCGGAAUUAAACCAAUCUGUAUUUCUUGUAAAGUUACAUCUUCCACACUUUGGAGAAAAAAUGCACAAGGAGAAAUCCUUUGCAAUUCAUGUGGUUUAAAGCAGACAACAAACGGCGGCAAGGAGACGGUACAAAAUGGACAAACUGCAUCCAAAAACGGAAAUGGGAACAGUGCUGCAGGCCACUUAAAUCACCACAAUGCAAGUGGUCCUGUAUUAAGAAAAAGUGCAAGGAUAAAGCCCACAAAAAGCAGGAUACAAGCGGCUACUAAAGCUCUAGCAACAAAAGGCAAAAGCAGACGCAUCAUUUUCAAAAAAAGUCAACCACUGAAGGCACCCAAAUCUGUGGCUACUGUUGUGACUGGAGAGAGCAUUUUUCACGCUGGUCAAUAUUAUCAAGUUGGGGAUGUAGUCUCUCUUGUGGAUUAUGAUGGUGGUGUGUACUACGCACAGUUACGAGGAUUUAUGAGUGACCAGUACAAUGAGAAGAGCGCCGUGAUCACUUGGCUGUUACCAACAGUCAACAGCCCACCUGAUCGGUUUGAUCCUUCAACAUACAUACUCGGACCUGAAGAAGACAUUCCUCGCAAAAUGGAGUACAUGGAGUUUGUGUGCCAUGCACCAUCUGACUACUUCUAUGACAAGAGUAGUCCAUAUCCUGUUCUAAAAAAGGGUCCCGAGCUGUGCUUCAUAUGGACAGCAAUAGGACCAGAAAUCCGCACAGUGCCAUCAGUGGAUGAAAUCUUUGGGGUCAAAGAUGAGGAAGAAGCCAGUUCUGUGACAUCUGCAGCUAUACCAAAGGGAAACAAAGAAAAGGAAGAGAAAUAUCAAAAGGACAAAGAAAAGGGUCGGGAGAAAGAGGACAAGAAGUCUGUGAAGGUGGAUCCGGAAUGAUCAUGGGUCUUUGGGGAGGGAGGUUGAGAUUAGGUACUUAUCAAAAGUGUGAAUAGUUGUUGAGUUUUUGGGGUGAGAUUGAUUCAAGGAGUCACAAUCCUCAUCCACAGACAGGAUGAUAUCUUCAGGGCUUGAUGUCAUGGUUAUGUGUGGUUUUGGAACAUUGGUGCAUAUGUUGUUUGCAAUGUGAUUAUUAAAGAGCAAGAAAGGAGGCUCGA